CUCAACUUUAGUAGAAAUUUUUUUUGAAUUCGUCGUGCCUCUAUUCGCAAUUGUCCAUUUUCAAAUAAAACUGAAUUUUUGUAAUAGUUAUACCAAUAUGGAAAGAACCAUUACCUGGUUGGACGGACAAUAUAAACGGUCCAAUGGGUCUGUUAAUAGCCGCUGGAAAGGGCGUUUUAAGAACGAUGUAUUGUGAUCAAGAUGGAUAUGCUGAUUACCUUCCUGUAGAUAUUUUAGUCAAUGGUUCGAUUGUUGUGACGUGGUACUAUUUAACGCAAAAACCAAAAACCUAUUUUAAUUUUACAAGUUCGUCAGAGUAUCAGAUAACAAAUCAAGAGAUUAUUGAAAUAGGUAGGAGAGUUAUCGCAACCAGGAUGCCUCUGAAUGGUGUCGCUUGGUAUCCAGGCGGAUCUAUGAAGAGAUCGAGGUUCAUACACAACCUUUGUGUUAUCUUCUACCAUUAUCUACCAGCUAUUAUUUUAGACACUUUUAUUUGGUUGAGUGGAAAUAAACCAGUGUAAGUAUAAUUUUGCUUAUUAAAGUACAAGCCAAUGUUUAGC